CUUCAUACCCUCAAAAAACUUUCAAUCAUAUCAUAUCCCUCAAGGUUUGGCUUGUGCCUUUGUGUGCUCAUUUUUCACUAAACACCAACCCAAACCUUAUACACAAACAUUCUUAAUUUUGAUAUUUUUGUUUAUAUAUUCUAGGUUUUUGUUAAUUAAUUAUAUUAAGCAUCAUGGGAACCCCACAAUCCAAUAACUUGCCACCAGGGUUUAGGUUCCACCCUACAGAUGAAGAGCUCAUUCUUCACUACCUAAGGAAGAAGGUUGCCUCCAUUCCUUUGCCAGUUGCCAUCAUUGCUGAGGUUGAUAUCUACAAGUUUGAUCCAUGGGAGCUACCAGCUAAGGCCGCGUUUGGGGAGAAAGAGUGGUACUUCUUCAGUCCUAGAGACCGGAAGUACCCAAAUGGAGCGAGGCCAAACAGGGCAGCAGCUUCAGGGUAUUGGAAGGCCACAGGCACUGAUAAGAACAUAGUGGCAUCACUGGCAGGAGGAGUGAGGGAGCACUUUGGUGUGAAGAAGGCUUUGGUGUUCUACAAAGGAAAACCCCCAAAGGGUGUCAAAACCAAUUGGAUCAUGCAUGAAUAUCGCCUUGUUGACACCAAUAGACCCAUUAGGAUCAAAGACACCUCCAUGAGGUUGGAUGACUGGGUUCUAUGCCGGAUAUACAAGAAGUUCAAGCAUGCUGUAUCUCCAACCACAGAGGCAGCAUCAACACUGCAAGUGAUCAAUGAGCAAUUAGAUCAAGCAGUGGUAGAAGAAGAGGAGCAAAUCAAAGACACCCUUUUACCAAUUUUGAAGAAUAACAACACUUUUGUCCCUCCUCCACAAGCCACAAUACUCAUGUCUCAGAAAUCCUUAUCCUUCUCAAAUCUCUUGGAUGCCACAGACUACUCCAUGCUUAGCACCAUCUUAUCUGAGAACCACUCCAAUAAUUACCCUACUCCAAGUGAAACCAGCUUAUUCAAUAAUUGUGAGAAUCUGGAUCAGGAAAUUACCCCCCAAAACUACUACAUCAACGAUACUAAUAGUAUUAAUAAUAAUAGCUACUUGUUUCAGAAGAACCCUUCCAACAUGGAAAACAUUGCUAGGCCAAAACGCCACCUUCCAAACAUGGAUCAUGAGGACAACAUGUUAUUAUACCCUUUAAAGAAAUAUCAUAGUUCCUCUUGCAAUUUCCCCAACACCAACCUCCAAAACCAGAAUCCACAAUGGAACUUCAUGUUCAAGCAGCCACUCAUGAGUCCUCAAUAUCUUCAAUUUCAGUGAUAAAUAGCAAACAAUUAUACGAGUCACAUAAAGAAAAGAAGAAAAAAAGGUUAGGGAGAAAAUAAAAAUGAAAAAAAAAGGUGAAAUAUCUACAAGAUGAAUGUGCUACAUGGUAUCCACAUCAACCUUUUCACUACGUAAGGAUUAGCACACAGAAAGAUAGCAUUUUUUUUCUUUUUCUUUUAUGUUGAAAAAUGAUGAAAAGAGACUUCAUUGGAUCAUGAACUAUUACGGAAUCACAGAAAAAUCGUGUACAAAUAAAAAUGUUAAUUUGUACGUGUUGGGUUGGGAAAUCAGUUUUAAUUGUCUGUACUUUAAUUUUUAGACUUGGGAUUGGUUGUAUUAUGAUAUUAUUACAUUCUUUUUUGGGAAUGGCUUUAAAUUUUAUUUGGAUUUGCAUUGUCACCA